UGCUCGGUCGUGUGACGUGGGUGCAGGGUAUAAAGCGAGCUUCGACCCGGUGGGCCUCGGUCGGCUCGCUCCUCAUCUUUUCUUUCCUCUGCCGAGCUCGUCCUCUGCUCUUUUCUUCGCCUUCUACCACACCAGCCUCGCCGCGACGCAACUGGCUUUGCCCUCGCGCUUCACCUGCACUCUUCUUUGCUCCACCUCUUGACCGCCUCGUCCACCAUGACGGAGUACCGCGACAAGUACCAGCGCGAGUACGUGCCCGACUCCACGCCCGGCUCCAUCAAGGGCGGCUAUGAAGUGACGGUCAAGGAUCUCGAGGAGACGAAUGCCAAGUUCCACUCGCUCUCCUGGCCUCGCCUCACGAUCUGCCUCAUCGUCGAAGCCAUCGCGCUCGGCUCCCUCUCCAUGCCCGCCAGCAUGGCCACGCUCGGUCUCGUGCCCGGCGUGAUCCUGACGAUCUUCAUGGGCUUCCUGGCGACGUACUGCUCGCUCAACGUCGGCGAAGUCAAGUUUCGCUACCCCGAGGUCAUGGACUACCCCGGCAUCGGGAAGUUGAUGUUCGGCAAGGCCGGAUACGUCUACUUUGCCGUGUCCUUUGUGCUCCUCCUCACGCUCACGACGGCGAGCCACGUGCUGACGAGCGUGAUUGCGUUCAACGUGCUGUCCACCAACGCCAUCUGCAGCAUCGUCUUUUCCAUGAUCGGUGCCGUGCUGCUCUACAUCCUCGCGCUGCCCACCAACUUCCACGACAUGUCUAUCCUGGGCUAUGUUGACUGUUUAAGCAUUUCGGUGGCCAUCCUGAUCACGAUGGUCGCCACGGGCAUCGAGGCCACGAAGCAGCCGGGCGGCAUGGGCGCGACCACGUGGCACGCCUUCCGGCCGGCGGACGAGCAGCCCACGUUUGCCGAGGCCUUCCUGGCGGUGACGAACAUUGCGUUCGCGUACGCCUUCGCACAGUGCCUGCCGAGCAUGUCGUCGCAGCUCAAGCACCCGGCCGAGUACAAGAAGGCGCUGUGGACGCUUGGCCUGACCGAGAUCUUCCUCUACACGACCAUCGGCGCCGUCAUCUACGUCUUCGUGGGCAACGACGUCAAGAGCCCGUCGCUCCUGUCCGCCAGUCCUAUGGUGCAGAAGGUGGCUUUCGGUGUGGCCCUGCCCGUCAUCUUCAUCUCGGGGUCCAUCAACACGACCACUGCCGCCCUGUACAUCCACGAGAAGAUCUACUCGUCGGGCAUCCACCGCCUGGAUGCUGCGCGCCGCACCAAGAAGAGCUACGCCAUGUGGCUGUUCAUCGUGCUCUUCCUCACGCUCAUCGCUUGGGUGGUGGCGCAGUCCAUUCCCUCCUUCGGCGGCAUUCUCGGACUGAUCUCGGCGCUGUUCAUCUCCUGCUUCUCCAUCUGGGCGCCGGGACUGAUGUGGUUCAUGCUGCUCAAGGACGAGCGUCCUUGGUACCAGGGCUCCAACCUGUUCUGGUCCUUCCUCAACGGCGGCGCCAUCGUGCUGGGCGCCAUCCUGCUCGUGUGCGGCGUGUAUGCAAGCGCCGAGGACCUCAUGGCGACCUUUGCCAAGGGCGUGGGCGCACCGUGGAGCUGCACUGCCAACCAGGCUGCGUUCCACUGAGAGGAGCAGGCAGCUCACAUCUUCCCUGUCUCUUCGACGCCACACGACAGUCUCGGCAGUCGCUUCAAGCUGACCACG